AAUCUCGUCUUAUCUGUCAUUAUCAUUAGUAAUAAAGAUAAUUUGUACAUUUCUUAAUAUUUUUCUUUUAUAAUACAAUGAGUGAAAAUAAAAAAGAAUAUUUAAAUGUUUAUUUGAGUCCAGUACCAGUUGGACUUGAACAAGAAUUUCAUACUUUAUUAACACCUGAAGCAAUACAAUUUUUAAUUGAUCUUAACCUUCAUUUUCGAAAUAAAAUUGAAGAUUUAUACCUUACAAGAUUAGAAAGAAAGUUUAUUCAAAAGAAAACUCAUAGAAUACCAAAAUUUCUUAAGUCUGAUUAUAUUAAAGAUGAUUGGAAAGUAGCACCAGUCAAUCAUAGACUUCAAAAUCGACAUUUAGAUGUUGGAGAUGUUAGUCCGUGUAAUUAUACACGAUUUAUUUCAUCUUUAAAUAAAAAUGUUCAAGGAAUUCAGGUUGAUUUUGAUGAUGGCCAUUGCCCAACAUGGAGAAAUCAAAUAAUUGGACUCUAUAAUAUUUAUCGAGUUGUUCAUAAUAAGAUUUUAAAUAUUCCUAAAAUAUCAGAUGCACCAAUACUCAUGUUCCGUCCAAGAGCUUGGAACAUGAUAGAACACAAUAUGAGUAUUAAUGGCAGAGAAAUUCCUGGGUCUUUGUUUGAUUUUGGUUUAUUAAUAUUUCAUAAUGGGUAUAUUCUUUCUCAGUGUGAUUCUGGACCAUUUUUCUAUUUAUCCAAAUUAGAAGGAGCAGCAGAAGCAAAACUCUGGAAUGAAAUUUUUAUAUGGAGUCAAUUAAGAUUACGUAUACCUUAUGGAACAAUAAAAGCAUGUGUCCUUAUUGAAAAUAUUUUAUCUGUAUUUGAAAUGGACCAAAUUUUAUAUGAAUUGAAAGAUCAUUCAUUAGGUUUAAAUUGUGGUAUUUGGGAUUAUGCUGCAUCAAUUAUUUCUAAAUUUGGUGAUGAUUUAUCUUUUGUACUUCCAGAUAGAAAUAAAUAUGUAAAUAUGAACAGACCCUUUUUGAAAAAAUAUAUGGACUUAGUAAUUAAAAUCUGUCAUAAUAGGAAUACAUUUGCUACAGGAGGAAUGAUAGCUAAACUUUUACCAUCUAAACAAUCUAAAGAUUUUGAUAAGGUUCUACAAAAUAUAAUUGAAGAUAAACUGAUAGAAAUACAAGCAGGAGUGGAUGGAUUUCUAAUAUAUGAUUUAGGGUUAAUUGAAUUCAUUACUAAUCUUUGGGAAAAGUAUGGAGGAUCCUUUCCAAGUCAAAUUAAUUAUUCUGGAACAUCUAAUAUAAUAACAGAAACUGAUUUAUUAAUAUUGCCAACAGGAGGAGUAACUGAAAAAGGAUUAAAACAUAAUAUUUCAGUUACAAUACUCUUUAUAUAUCAUUGGUUAUGUGGUGAAGGUGUAUUUAAAUUUAAAGAAACUAUUGAAGAUUCUGCAACAGCUGAAAUUUCUAGAGCACAAAUUUGGCAAUGGAUUAGACAUGCUGCUUCGAUUGAAAAUAAAAAUUAUGUUGUUACAAGAAAUUUAGUUUUUACUGAAGCUUCCAGCAUUUUAAAAUGCUUAACAAAAAAUUAUGGAAAUAAUAACUCUGCAAGAGUAAAACUUGCUAUUGCAUUUAAUAUAUUCUUAGAAGUUGUAAAUUGUAGAAAUUUCCCAGAGUUUCUUACAACAUACUUAAAUGAUGAGUGUAUUUUGAGAAAAGUACAAACUAAUUUGUAAAUUUUUUUAAUAUCUAAUAAAAUGAUCAUUAAUAA